AAAAUGGAUACAAGAAAUCAGUCUGUUGUGUCAGAAUUUGUGCUUCUGGGACUUUGCCAUUCAUGUAAUAUUGAGGUCUUACUCUUCAUGAUAUUUUUGAUGCUUUAUCUGAUCAUUGUAUCUGGAAACAUUUUCAUCAUGAUCUUAAUCAUCACUGACUCACAUCUCCAUUGCCCCAUGUACUUCUUGUUGGCCAAUCUGUCCUUUGUUGAUAUGUGGCUUUCCUCAGUCACCACUCCUAAGAUGAUCACAGACUUUCUCAGAGAGAACAAUACCAUUUCCUUUGGAGGCUGCAUGUGCCAGAUCCUAUUUGUUCAUUUUGUAGGAGGGGGUGAGAUGGUGUUACUUGUAGUAAUGGCCUAUGAUCGUUAUGUGGCCAUCUGCAAGCCACUCCAUUACUCCUCUAUUAUGAGCCUGAAAAUGUGUAAUGGGCUGGUGGUGACUUCCUGGAUCAUUGGCUUUGUUCAUGCUGUGAGUCAGAUGGCUGUGAUUGUGCAGCUGCCUUUCUGUGGCCCCAGGGAAAUAGACAGCUUCUUCUGUGACAUACCGCUGGUGGUCAGGCUGGCCUGCAUGGAGUCCUCUAACUUGGAAAUAUUAAUGAAUGGUGACAGUGGAGUUCUGGCUAUGACCUGCUUUAUUCUAUUGCUGAUAUACUACACAUAUAUUCUUCUCACUGUCUGCAAAAGCUCAAAAACUGGAGCAUCGAAGGCCCUGUCUACCUGCAUUGCCCACAUCACAGUGGUGGUGCUCUUCUUUGGGCCGUGCAUCUUCAUCUAUGUGUGGCCACUCAGCAUCACCUGGGUGGACAAGUUUCUUGCUGUGUUUUACUCAGUUAUCACACCUCUCCUAAAUCCAGCCAUCUAUACCCUGAGAAAUAAAGAGAUGAAAAGUGCCAUGAAUAGAUUCAGAAACUAUUACAUGGAUUCCAGAGCAAAUAGUUAA